AUUGAAUUGUUCAGAUGUAUUGUUUAAGACUACUUUCUAAACAACUCUCUUUCAAGACAUGACGACACCCAAUGAGCUGGCACAGCUUGAUGUUGUUAGUAAUGGAGAAACAUUUCAUUUGGAGGGUCAUCUGUGUUCCCUUUCUGCCUUUUCCCAUGUUCCUACACAUCGGGAUUUGCCGAAAGACAGAACAUAUUUUAACUCUUCUGAGAAGAAACAAGGAAAUCCUUGCAUAUAUGAUUCAAUCUUUUCUAAAGAGGAUGAUUUCGAUCCAAAGCUUCAUCGCAGUGAUCGCAGGCAUGAUAAACUUAUUGGAUUGGAAAUAAACCAAGAAGAGAAAACUAAAAAUAUACCAACACUUUCAUCAUCAAUAUAUGGACAUCGUUUAAAUAAAAAUAUUGAAAAUAAUGAUCGUAAACAUGUUCGAAUUAUGCUAGUGGAAAGUGAAUUUUAUCGUCGUAAUGGAAUUGAUUUAUUAUAAUAAAUAAUACACUUCAUAUCCAAAUACAAUUAUUUUUGUAGACAUAAUGCAUAGAAACAACUCAAUUGUGUAUUAACCAAUCUCUUUAGUAUGUAUAAAAUUGUUUUCUUCUUUGUUUUGCCAGUGAUUUUUUUUUGAUUUUACAUAAUAUGAAUUUGUUUAAUUAAACUAGUUAAAAAGUUAUCAAUAAAAAAUGUUGAUUGAGA